UUUGACAUUCUGCGGUAAAAGGGUAGUUUGCGGUUUGGAAAUUCUUUAAUUCUUUUUUUUGCUCGAUAAGCGAUGAGAUAAACUUAUUGAAUAAUAUAUUGAAAUUUGCCUGAAAGUAUCCACCUGCAAAACAAUCAAAUUCUAGUCAUGUCGUUGCAACGGGGAAAUAAUCUCUUCAUGCGCCAUUUGUUGUAUUUUAAGAAUGCAAGACAGUAUGGGGGAAUAUCACGUAACCUGGUGCAGCGUCGAGGAUUAACCACUACCCAGGCGAAACGGCCUCAAUCGGGACCUAGCACACUGAAAUUGGCAGUAUUAGGUUCAGCUUUGGGGGCUACAGGUGGCACUGUCUAUUCAUUGUACAUGAAUUGGCAAGAUGGCAAUUCGCACAAGGAGCAUGAGCGCAUAAAGCCCGAGGUAAUCAAGGAAUUCCCAGCCAAUGUUAGAAUAACAAAGCGCUUUGUCAAUCCCAAGGAUACUUCGGGAUUGGACAUAACCCUGUUUCAAUUUCAAACAUGUCCAUUUUGUUGCAAAGUAAGAGCCUUUCUGGACUUCAUGGGACUCUCCUACAAAGUGGUUGAGGUGGAUGCCGUUUUGCGUCAAGAUAUAAAAUGGUCUUCCCAGAAAAAAGUUCCAAUGGUAUUGAUACGACAGCGGGAUGGGCGAUAUGUACAGAUGAGUGACUCCAGUGCAAUCAUUUCCCUGAUUGCCUCUUAUUUGAAUGAUAAGAAAACCGAUGUUGGCGAAUUGGCACAAUUCUAUCCCACCAUAUCGUACUUCGAUGAUAAUCUGAAAAAGAAGCACGACAUUAUGAAUAAAUAUUUCCUCAUGUAUCAAGAUCAUACGCCCAAGGGAUAUUCCAAAGAAGCUGAAGAAACCGAACGUAAAUGGCGUACUUGGGCUGAUUCUCAUCUGGUUCAUCUCAUCUCUCCAAAUUGUUAUCAAUCGCUGGAGGAAGCAUUUGAAACGUUCGAAUGGUUUGCACAGGCUGGCGAAUGGGACAUACAUUUUCCAAGAUGGGAAAGGAAUCUUAUGGUGUAUGCCGGUGCUACAGCCAUGUGGGGUAUUGCUAAAAUGUUAAAGAAACGCCACCAACUAUCGGACGAUGUACGCUCACACAUCUACGAUGCUUGCAACAAGUGGACAAAAGAGUUGGAAAAACGUAAAACAAAAUUCAUGGGUGGCAAGCAGCCUAAUUUGGCCGAUCUCUCAGUUUUUGGAGUACUUAGCAGUAUGGAAGGAUGUCAAGCUUUUAAGGAUUGUGUGGCCAACACAAAUAUUGGCGAAUGGUUCUACAGUGUAAAGCAAUUGGUACAAAAUUCUCGGGGCGAAUUGAUACGUGAACGCAUUGAAGGUGAAAUUCCAUCUAUGCUGAAUGCAGUCGCAAACUAAUCAAAAAAAUUAUUUUCAAUUUGUUAAUAUAUGUAUGUUGUUGCCCUUUUUUAAUUUUUGAAAAAAUAUGCAAACGUGUACCGAAUAAAACCAAUAGGCGAGAAAAGUUUUUCGUUCUUAUAUUUGAAAGGAAAAAAUAA